UUGUGAGCGACAGAGAAGCAAAGUGUCCUGUGGUGAGAGCUGCAGAGCCGUGUAGUGUGUGUCAGAUUUCAUUCUGAGAGAGACUCACGAGUGCGCAACAGUCAGACAAACCCGUCAGAUGGCACGACCGAAGCACACGGACUCCCACUAGAGCCGGACCUCACUUACCAAUAUCUCCAUGCACUUGAUCGAGCAGCAUGCCUCUGCUGAGGUCGUUUUGAAGAGUGACAUUUUCACGUGAAAAACGGUUAAUUUGCUUGAAAGGAGAACUUUAUCAGUGAUCAAGAAUCCUGUCAGACUGAUAAAGAAGUGGAUAAACUUUAAAUUGCCUAAAUAUACGCUUCCCAAACAUGGAGGACAUGAAGUCGCGAGUAUCACCUCAGUCCAGUUGGGAGAGGACCUGCCGUCAGCAUCCCUGCCAAAAGCGCCUUUUGACGAACUGGAAGGACGUGUGUGCCUUCUGUGCGUGUUUAAUCUCGUUUGGAGUUUGUGUGUUGCUCUACCUGAGGACGUCAGAUCUGCAGUCCAGGGUGCUUAGUUUGGAAAAGGACAGAGAUCCUCGUAUCUCCAGUUGGGUCUCCCUGGAACAGGUGGAGCCCGUCCUGUGGAGUCGAUUAGAUCAGAUAUUAGAGGAGAAAUUAGCUGCACGUCUACCGAAGAUACGGUCGGCUCGGGAUGCACCUCACAGCUGCGUCUGUCCACCAGGUCCUCCUGGUCCACCUGGACGAGCAGGCUUUCCGGGAGACAAAGGAUCAUUGGGCAUUCCUGGAAGAAUGGGCUUAAAGGGAAACCUGGGGGAGAAGGGAGCACCAGGAGAGCCAGGUCUGUCUAUCAUUGGCCCACGAGGACCUCCUGGACAGCCCGGUACUAGAGGAUUUCCAGGCUUUCCGGGCCCCAUUGGCUUGGACGGGAAACCCGGACAGAAUGGUCCAAAAGGUGAUAUGGGUCCUCGCGGUCCUAAAGGAGUACCAGGUGAACCUGGUCCAAAAGGAGAGAAGGGUGCAUGCGGAGAGUACACUCACAGGAAACGCCGUAUUGUCAACGCCUCAGCUGGAGGACAGGCCACACAGGGUGAGCCUGGAGCACAAGGACCACCGGGACCUCCUGGCCCCCCAGGCCCACCUGGGCCUCUUGGCCUAACUGGUGCUAUUGGGCCUCCGGGGAAACCUGGAGAACCUGGAAAACCUGGAAAAGACCCAAAGAUGCUACCAGGGCUGAAGGGUGAACCUGGCGUACCUGGACAAAAGGGUGAUCGUGGUGAAGCAGGCCCAAGUGGACCAGAAGGCCCCAUGGGAAUUAAAGGAGAUGAAGGACAGAAGGGCGAUCAAGGAACGGAUGGGCAGAGAGGAGAGAAGGGUGAGCUAGGGAUGCCUGGAAUGCCUGGGAAACAAGGAGUGAAGGGAGAGCCUGGUUUCCCAGGUAUCCCUGGGCGAAAGGGUCAGACAGGUCUUUCUGGUAUCCCUGGAAAACGGGGCUACAAGGGUGAGAAAGGUGAUCAAGGCAUAAAGGGUGACCCUGGCCUGGAAGGUCCAAGGGGUCCUCCAGGGCCAACUGGGGAGCCAGGAAAAACUUUAGUCAACAACAACGAAAAUGAUAUUCGUAAUGUGCGUUCAAUGGGUGCUCCUGGUCUGCCUGGACCUCCUGGGCCUCCUGGUCUUCCUGGGACCCCUGGUUUAAAGGGUGAUGUUGGACUUCCAGGUCCCCCAGGUGUUGAUGGAGAAAAGGGUCCAAGAGGAAAGCCGGGAGAACCUGGACCCAUCGGCCCUCCUGGACCAGAGGGAGCACGAGGAGAAGGAGGAGUCAUGGGUUUCCCUGGGCCAAAAGGAGACAAGGGAGACAUGGGCCCCUCAGGAUCGCCUGGUCAGAAGGGUGAACCUGGGGAGAAAGGAGAUAAAGCAGAGCUGGUCUAUGGGCCUGCUGGACCUCCAGGACCUGCUGGGCCAGUUGGGCCAAUGGGAUCUCCAGGUUUGUCAGGACCAAAGGGAGAGCCAGGAAUAGGCCUGAAAGGAGAGAAGGGAUCAUCUGGACAAAAGGGAGAUAAAGGAGACAGGGGCCAUCUUGGACUUCCUGGUCUGAUAGGACCAGCAGGAGUUCCUGGACCUGCAGGACCAAAAGGGGAAAUGGGGGAAAAGGGUGAUAUGGGAGUAGCAGGACCAAUUGGGCCUCAAGGCAUCCCUGGUUUAGUAGGACCACCGGGAUUAAAAGGAAUCAAGGGGGAGAGGGGCAAGAAAGGCAACAGGGGGGCCAAAGGGGAUAAGGGAGACCAAGGAGCCCCUGGAUUAGAUGCCCCGUGUCCGUUGGGUGAUGAUGGUCUGCCAGUACCAGGGUGUUGGAAUAAAGGUCAGAAUCCGUUCCAGUUAGCCAAGAAGUAAUCCCGAAGGGAGAUCCGCAUGGUUCUGAAUUGAUUUCCUUCACAAACACCACAGAAACUUGAAGAGACUUCGGGAUAUCUUUUUGUGUUUGAGCUGCUCUUUCGGCGGCCGUUUGAAGGAUUUUGUUUCCUGUAGUACUGGAAGGUUCCACAUGGAGGCAGACGUAAGCAGACUGGCUGAAUUACAGAGAGGACAGUACUGCGGAGGUAGCCUGUUGUUUUACACUCUUUUCUUUCUCUUUUAUAUUAUUCACUAUGUGAAAGGAACAUGUUAGCACAUUUUGUUCUUUGUUGACAAUGUUGAACACAACGAUUCAUGUUUGUGAUCAGAGGAUUCAGCGCAGCUCGUUGAACAUGCAGAUGUGGUCUGAGUGUUCUUGUGUUUCCAGACAAACCAAAGAAAGAAAAAAAAUCUCUGAUGAUUCCUGAUUCAAAUAUCACUGCCUUCUGUUGAGAGUUGUAGGUAGAAUGUAAGACAUACAUUUAUAUGAUGCAUUUUAUAUUAGUAAUUAACAUGUGCGCACAUAACAAUUGCGCUUGUAUAGCAUUACUUUUUUUUAAUUGAGAGAAUCAAAUAGUACCACAGCUAAAAACAAAGUGAACAUUAAAGACUACUUUGACGCUCAAUAUAAGUUACCAAAAAAGAUUUGAACAAAUGUUGCUGCUUUCAACAAGGGCAUUUCACUCCUAUAAACAUAAAUCCCAAUACUGACUCCAUCUGUAUAUUCUGCAGACUCCUUGAAAUGAAAAUAACUGAUCACAGUUUGUAUGGAUAAAUCUAUUUUUUUUUUCCUUUUACUGAAUGGCUGUACCUUUAGGAAUGUACGAGGCAGCUAAAGCAACAAAUUUAGACCAGCAGUGACACAUUGGGCAUUUCAUUUAUUGUUAGUUCAUCACAUGUGUGACCUUCAGAUAAACUAUUUGUUUAUACGCGGCACUUAUGCCUGCAACCGAUUCGAGUAAACCUCUUUGUUAUGUAAAAUCUAUUUUUGGUUGUCCAAUAUGCAAGUGAUUAACAGUUCACAGAACACAUACUGCUACAUGGCGACAGAACCACAUCAAUAAAAACAGGAUUUGUGAGGGGGGAAAAUCAAAAGUUCCAACCUGGAUCAAAAAAAAAAAAAA